CUGCGUAAUCCGACACCUGACAUCAUCUGUUGAAGGGAUCUUCGGUAUUCGAAGUGAAACCAGAUGUAAUUCCCCUGCCGGGAAAAGGAAAAAGAAAAAAAAGAAACUCCUCCCCUGAGCUGGAGCUGCCGUUGCACUUCCUCAAAAUCCAGCUGAUAUAAACGCACACUGAGACCUAGUUUGGCAGUAGAGGAAACACGGUGUCGCACUCGGGGAAAACUUCGCCAGACCCUUUGACUUUUGGACUUGAGAAUGCUGCUGCGGGGGUGCGUGUGCCUGUUGCUGCUGGCGGCCUCGGCCCUGAGCCACAUGGACCAGGUCUCUCUGGACGCCCGGUGGGAGGAAUGGAAGACCACCCACCAGAAGGAAUACAACGGCCUGGAUGAGGAGGGCAUUCGCAGGGCCAUCUGGGAGAAGAACAUGCUCAUGAUCGAGGCUCACAACCAGGAGGCGGCGCUGGGCAUCCACUCCUUCGAGCUGGGCAUGAACCACCUGGGCGACAUGACCUCGGAGGAAGUGACCGAGAAGAUGACCGGCCUGCUGGUGCCGAUGGACAGCGAGCGCCGCUUCCCCAUGGAUCUGGACGACGAGGUGUCGGCGCUCCCCAAAUCCAUCGACUACCGCAAGAAGGGCAUGGUGACUCCGGUGAAGGACCAGGGUUCCUGUGGCUCCUGCUGGGCCUUCAGUUCCGCCGGGGCCCUCGAGGGCCAGUUGGCCAAGACGACGGGGAAGCUGGUGGACCUCAGUCCCCAGAACCUGGUGGACUGCGUCACGGAGAACAGCGGCUGCGGAGGAGGGUACAUGACCACCGCCUUCAAGUACGUCCGGGACAACGGCGGCAUCGACUCGGAGGCGGCCUACCCGUACGUUGGGGAGGACCAGCCGUGCCGCUACAACGCGUCUGGCAUGGCCGUGCAGUGCAAAGGCUUCAAGGAGAUCCCGGUGGGCAGCGAGCAGAAGCUGGCUCAGGCUCUGAGCAAAGUGGGCCCCGUCUCUGUGGGCAUCGACGCCGGGCUCGGCACCUUCCAGUUCUACCAGAGAGGUAUCUACUACGACAGCGCCUGCAACAAGGACGACAUCAACCACGCCGUGCUGGCCGUGGGCUUCGGAGUGACCCCCAAGGGGAAGAAAUUCUGGAUCGUCAAGAACAGCUGGGGCCAAACCUGGGGCAAGAAGGGCUACGUCCUGAUGGCACGUAACCGCGGCAACCUGUGCGGCAUCGCCAACCUCGCCAGCUACCCCGUCGUGUGAGGAGGACGAAAGAAGGGGGGGGGGGGCUUUGCUGUGACUACUACACACAAGAACGCACAACCACACGAGUCCAACUCACCAAGCCCUUAAACAGUAACCAAAGGUUUUAUUUGAUCAGGGUUCCUUUUUAUUUCUGAAACGUUGUGCAUUAAAGGAAGCUCUUCUGGAUUGAUGAGGUCUUGGACUCCUUCACGGUGUGUGUGAGGAGGAUAGUUUUGGUUUAUCCUGAGUUGUUGUAAGCACUUUGAACCCCAGUAUAGACCUCCACCCUGGUCUGCUCCACAAACACACCCCGAACCUCCGGGGCAGGGCGCCGGCGACCUCAAACCAGAUCACUGGUUGGUUAAGUGCCGAAUUAAACUACCGAUCUGGCUGGGAGUUGCUCAAUUACAGUUUGUGCUGUGAUGGGAAACAUUGCUGGGCAAUGGGAGCUUCUCUUUCCACGCAAUCAGUUCUUUAAACGUUUCACAUUUUUAUUCUUGAUCAUGUCGAUUUUGUUUUUCUGUUCAGAAUGUUUCUGAUGAGCAAACUGUAAAUUGGUGUUUUCUAUGAAUAAAGGUUCCUUUUUGAAGUAAAAUUAA